UAUGUCAAUACAUGCUCCUCCUAAUAAUACUUUUUAUUUUUCAGAAUAAACGAACAAAGCUAAUAACAAAGCAAUAACUCUAAGCUGUAGAACAAUGACACAUGUAUGAUCACAACUAAAUUUUAAUAAAGAAAAAGAAAAACUAGAAGAAAUAAAUGCAGAACCAGCAACGUGCAGCGACAGAGAGCUUGAUGAAAUGCCCCUUUAAAAGAGUCAACACAGCAUCAUGGGUAAUGUAUGCACAGGCGUGGGAAUCAUGGGAAAUGUGGUGAGGUAGACGCACACAUUCGAUUACAGGCAGCAGCAUCGUUUCUCCUCUGCUCUUUUUUUCCCAGCUGAUGUGUUUCCUGGUCCUCUCCCAGUAGCUCCCCAUCACUCCCAGUGCGUCGAGCAUGCAGUGCCUGCGUCCUUUCAUCAGACGGAGAGGAGGGGGGUGAGACGGGGUAAGGAAAGGAGGGGGUCGUGUGUCUCCUGCAUCAGCGCCAGCAUCACUGCCACGCCAGCUUUCGUCACCGGAAAACAACGAGGAAGCUCGUCACGCGACGUAGACUGAAAAAAAAAAAAAAACAACAUCAGCAGCAGCAGCUACUCCUCCUCCCACAGACCUGCAUCCACAGAUUAGGCCACAAAUUCUACUGCACCCUCCGUCAAAACACUGCUCCAGGCUGGAGCAUCACUCCCCGGCAUGACCUGAGGGAGGCGGGCAGCCAUCACGCGCGCUCCAUCAACAUGGGCAACCAGGAGGCGAAGCAGAAGAAAGCGGCCGCAGCAUCGGGUAAUGGAAGCUACCCCUCGCUGGACGAAGGCUGGAGGGAAGGAGGAGGCGACGGCGCUAGGAAGGGGGGGAAGAGGCUCCACGGGAAACAUGGAGGUAAAGGCAUCAACGGAGGAGGAGGGGGGCUGCAUGGCACCGGUCCAGGCAAGAAGAAAAACAAGUCCGAGUCCAAGUCCUCGGUUUUCUCCAUCCGCAAGAGGAAGAGCAACCUGAAAGGGAAAGGGGACGUGUGUUCAUCAGUGACCGGGUCCAAGGAGGACGUCUUAGCGUCCCAGCACGAGGAACUGGACAGCACCAAAACACCGGACCUGUCUGCAGACGAGCUGGGCCACUGGGAGACCGAGGCUGCCGACCCCGAGAGCCGGCAGGAGCGGGGAGCAGGAGGCGCGGGGGAGCGGGAGCCGGAGGCGCCGCGCAGAGCCUCCACGGCAGCGACCUCCCCCGCCGAGGACGGGGGGCAGAAGGGGGGGAGCUCGGGCUCCGACACCGACAUCUACAGCUUCCACUCGGCCGCCGACCACGAGGACCUGCUCGCCGACAUCCAGCUCGCCAUCCGGCUGCAGCACCAGCAGCUGCACGGGGGAGUCCACGCGAUCGCGGAGGCGCAGGAGGAGGGGGAGCGGGAGCCGGGCUGGGGAGGAGGGGAGGGGGGGAGGAAGCAGAGCAACGGCGCGGUCAGAGUGGCUCCUCGCGAGGCGCUCGACCUGACCCCCGAGCUAGAACUGGGCUCGGACGCCCUGUCGUUCCUGGAGGCGGAGAAGGAUUCCGGUUCCGACAGCCAUGCGGACCCGCCUCCCACUCCCACUCCGCACCUCCCGUUCCACGCAGAGGUGGAGGAGAGGGAGGAGGCGGUGGAGGAGCAGGGGGAGCUGGAGAGAGAAGCCCUGCUUUGUGCAGCCGCGGGCACAAAAGACCUGCACCCCCCUCACACAGCCGUCGCCAUGGCUACUAAAGGGGAGGCAGCUGUCAGCCCCGUCGCCAUGACGACCGGGGGUAACAGCCUCCCUGGUCACACGUUUGACAGUGCAGGAAAGCUCCCGGGGGAGGUGGAGGAGGAUGCCGGAGGUGAAGCCCCCCAGGAGGAGGCGCCUGCAGACAGUCGCGGCCGAAGCCCCGACGCGGCCGAGGGCCUGAGCUCGGGGGCCGUGUUCGAGGAGGGCGAGGGUCCGCUGGGCUCGGGCACCAGCGCCGAGUCCCUGGACGACUGCCUGAGCGCCGGCUCGGAGUCCGGCCCCCCCGCCUCCACCGCCGCCGGGGCGUCCCCCUCCCACAGGCAGCGCCGGGCGAGCAACGUGUCCUUCAGCCCGCUGCCGCCCCAGGAGAGCCCCACGCUGGCCAAGCGCCUCCUCAGGUCCAGCCACUCCUCCGCCUCCUCCAGCCCCGUGGUCAAGCCCUACCCUCCCAUCUUCCCCUCCUACAUCAAGACCACCACCAGGCAGCUGAGCUCCCCGGGACACUCCCCGGCCCUGUCCCCGUCCCACAGCCCCCUGUCCCCGCGCAGGGCCCACCAUCACCUCCACAGGGCGGCGGCUGACGGCCAGCAGCUCCGCAGGCAGCGGUCCCGGAGCCUCGCCGGGUCACUGAGCCGCUCCGCCGACUGGACGGAGGAGCUGGAGCGGCGGCUGAGGAGCAGGGAGGAGGACAGCGAGGGCUCCAGAGAGUACCUGGUGGGCUACAGGGGAGGAGGAGGCAGCCAGCCCCUCUGUGCCACCAGGAGGUCCUCCUGUGGACUCCAGGACAUCUUCACAGGCCGGACCCUCCUCGAGAAGCUGUUCCUCCAGCAGCAGCAGGAGGAGCCCGAGGAGGCGGAGAGGCUCUGCUCCCGGAUCCUGGCCAUGGGCCUCCUGCUGCCGUUCACCGACUGCUUCAGGGAGCAGCUCGGCGGCAGCACGGCCCACGUCGGCGGCGCUGCCGCCGCCGCAUCGGCCAAGUUCGACCAUGAUCAGCUCUACACAUGGGCGGCAGUCAACCAACCACCUCACUCCCUGGAGCCGCUGGAUGGGAAGCUGUUUAAAGGCCCCUGGCCUCCAGUCAAGGCCGGACCCAGGUCCACAGAGACAGAGGACAAUCAAGAACAACACGCAGCCCCUCUGGAUUUGAGGCAACAGCAGAAGGAGAACCAAGAAAGUCAGCAGGAGGACUGUGUGCUCCCCUCAUCAAAACUAAAGGAGAAACACGUGAACGUCAUCCAGCAGCUGGAACAAACGAUCGAGGACCUCAGGACUAAGAUCGCGGAGCUGGAGCGACAGCCCCCUCUGCUGGACAGGGACGGUACGACGCCCCCCGCCCUCACCACGGACAGGGAGUGUGGGGGGGAGGAGGGCCUGCCGAGGGCCGUGUGCGACGCUCACCUGCAGACGGAGGCGGGGCUCUCGCUGGGCGGCCUGGAGGUCAAGUCGGUGCAGACCUCACCCGUGGACGAGAGCUUUAGGUUCAAAGUGCCUUGUGGCGACGCCGGCGCCCCGGCGCCUCCCUCCAGGCGGGACGGGGUCCACUGCUCCUGUCAGCAGCAGCCGCUUCCCCCGGCAGGAGGAGCAGCGCCUCCUCCCCCUCCUCCUCCCCCUCCUCCCCCUCCUCCCCCUCCUCCCCCCUUACCAGGUGGCUCAGUACCCGCGCCUCCUCCUCCUCCUCCUCCUCCGCCGCUACCAGGGGGUUUAAUGCCACCUCCUCCCCCACCUCCUCCCCCUUUGCCUGGUGGCGUCGCUCCCCCGCCGCCCCCUCCGCCCCCACCUCCGGGCUGCGGGCCUCCUCCUCCUCCUCCUCCCCCACCUCCACCGGGGUCCGCGUGCGGGCCUCCGGCUCCUCCGGGGGCCCUGGGCUCCCUGCCUCCUCCUCUGCCGUUGGGGCUCUAUGCACUGGGUCUGACUCAGGAGAAGCCUCCCAGGAAGGCCGUGGUGGAGCCGCCCCGACCCAUGAAGCCUCUCUACUGGACCAGGAUCCAGCUGCACACCAAGAAGGACGCGUCUUCUUCGUUGGUGUGGGAGACAAUCGAGGAGCCAGACGUGGACUUCGAGGAGUUUGUGGAGUUGUUCUCCAAAACGGCUGUUAAGGAGAAGAAGCAGCCGCUUUCGGACACCAUCACCAAGUCCAAAGCCAAGCAGGUAGUGAAGCUCCUGAACAACAAGCGUUCCCAGGCCGUUGGAAUCCUCAUGUCCUCGCUGCACCUCGAUAUGAAAGACAUCCAACAUGCCGUCCUGAAUUUGGACAACACCGUGGUGGACUUGGAGACGCUGCAGGCGCUGUAUGAGAAUAGGGCACAGCAGGAGGAGAUGGACAAGAUUGAAAAGCACAUCAAGUCAUCGAAGGACAAAGAGAACGCCAAGCCUCUGGACAAACCUGAGCAGUUUUUGCACCAGCUCUCCCUCAUUCCGAACUUCUCGGGCAGAGUCUUCUGCAUCCUCUUCCAGUGCAGCUUCACGGAGUGCAUGUCGUCCAUAACCAGGAAGCUGGACACGCUGCAGAGGCUGUGCAAGGCGCUACAGGACGGCAGGACGGUCAAGCAGGUCCUGGGUCUGGUUCUGGCCUUCGGCAACUUCAUGAAUGGGGGAAACCGGACCCGAGGCCAAGCUGACGGCUUCAGCCUGGACAUCCUGCCCAAGCUGAAAGACGUGAAGAGCAGCGACAGCACGAAGAGUCUUCUCUGUUUCGUCGUGGCCUACUACCUCAGACACUUCGAUGAGGACGCCGGCAGGGAGACGUGUGUGUAUCCUCUCCCCGAGCCUCACGAACUGUUCCAGGCUUCACAGAUGAAGUUUGAAGACUUUCAGAAAGAUCUGGCUCGCCUCAGGAAGGACCUGAGAGCGUGUACGUCUGAAGCGGAAAAGGUUUGCAAAGCUGCAGAUGAGGAUAACUUGCAGCCCUUCAAAGAAAAGAUGGACGAAUUCCUAACACAAGCUAAAAACGAACUGGAAACCCUGGAUGCUCAGCUCAGCAACACCCACAAACUGUUCCUGGAGCUCACGGUGUUCUUUUCCGUGAAGGCCAAGGCGGGAGAGAAGGAGGUUUCACCCAACACGUUCUUCUGCAUGUGGCACGAGUUCUCGUCAGAUUUCAAGGACCAGUGGAAGAAAGAAAACAAAGCCAUUCUCAAGGAAAGGUUAAAAGCAGCAGAGGAGUCGUUCCGUCAGGCUAAAGAGAAGGCCUCCUACAGCGUCAAACCCAAACACGCCUCUGGCAUCAAAGCCAAGCUCGGCAUGAAGAUUUGACCCUGUGAACGCGGCAUGCAUUUCACCAGCGUUCGAGCGGCUGUGUGUGAUCGGUGAGUCUGUUGCUGCCAGACGUAAUCAUGGAGGUUACUGCAGAGCCGGCCGGCACCAGGAGCACCGUGUGUUGUGGGGGCAUCACAAACCAUGGCAGAUUAUGUAUGUUAUACAUUACGUCUUAACGUCUGUGCAGCAUAAGAUCCGUGUCCGUAUUUAUGGACUCCUACAAAUUAGCCAGAAUGCUAAACAAACUGUGCAGCAUUUGAGAACAUAAAAUACUCUGAGCACUUAAUUCUCUGUAGUCUCACAAAACACAUUACAAGCUCCUCUGUGCACUGUGCAGCGUUGACCACUGGGGGCAGUAGAUGAUUCUUGGAAAGCUAGUAGUGGUGAACGCAACAGAAGAAGAACUGGACGUCUGCUCUUAAACACAGAGUUAAUGACCUAAUAUUGACCGAAUGUGCAAAUGCUGAUUUCUACAUGAAAUGAAAAGUAUUUCUUUUAUUUUUUAAAAGUUGUCACCAACGUUGGUUUAUAUUUGAUUUGUAAUCUGAUUUAGAUUUCAGAGCCUGGAUGUGUUGUAUGACAUCAUGUUGCUAGUUCAUACAUUACUUCAUAUGUUGCCUCAUAAAUACAGAACAAUGUUCCUUUGUGCUUGAUGUAAGAACUAUGUACUGUAAGCAGACACGUUUGCAUAUGCUGUAAUCCACUCAAUCACAGACCCCAAACCCAGGGAUGUAAACAAGCCCAACCCAAUACACUGUAAUUAGACGGAGUCAGGGGUCUGGGCUGAUUGUGGAGGAUACAGAAAACGUAUGUAAUUGUUUCACUGUGCCUGGCUAAAUCAUUGUUUUUGUAAGUUUUGAAACUUUUUUUUCUUCAUGUAUUAGACAGUGCAGUCCUCCAUGAAACACAGCACACAAUAUACUAAAGCAGUGAAAGGUUUAAAUUAAGCUAAGAACAAUCAGUGCUACAGACAUUUUAUACUAUUGGCUGAGGUGGUAAAAACUAAUUUUAAAAAAACUAAAUUCUAAAAAACUAUUCAUGAGCAGAAGAGGGAUGUCACUGUAAAAUCAAAGCCUUUUUGUACUGGUGAGACUCAGUUGACCUUCUUUAGGAAACGUUUAUGUAUAAACGCUAAACUCAAAAAGACGCCCACUAAUUACUUUACCAUGUGACAUCCAUUACGACGCAUAACAGGAACACUGUUCGUCUCUUUCAGAGGUACUAGUGAAUGGACUGUGCUGUGCUCUGAUGCUGUAACUUUGCACAUUUCAAACCAGAUUUAGACUCGGACCCAGUUGCUGCACUUAAAGUACAACAAAGGAUUACGGCCAGAGAUGCAGUUUCUCACAGCGACGUGUGAGUGAUGAGAAGCUGGAGGAGGAAUAGAAGAACUUUUGGUUGCUAUGAUGUGCAGUUACUGGAUGAAGUAAGAGUUGGGGUCUGGUUUAGCAGAAAAAUACACAUCUAGUUAAACUGUGUCAUCUCUGCUUGUCACUGACAUUUUCUCACGGCCCAAGUCUGUCCAAGUGUAGCCUGAUGUCAGAUUACAGCAACAUACAGUAUUGCACAUGGUUAGUAUCAUCAAAAUGCUUCUAAAUGCUGUUUUGUUCUUCUCUCAGUUGACCUGCAAUAGUCUCUCAGGAGAACAAACCCCAAUAGCUGGUCUCACGCCUCUUUCCCCCAACACUGGUGUGGGAGAAACACACCUUGACUGGGCCGAAUGAAAGGAAGGGGCUUAACACGUGUAAUUUUAAUGGAUGUUCAAUGAUAUGCCAUAAUAUGACAGAUAUAGAGUGUGUGUGUGUGUGUGUGUGUGUGUGUGUGUGUGUGUGUGUGUGUGUGUGUGUGUGUGUGUGUGUGUGUGUGUGUGUGUGAUCAUACUGUAUCUUUGCAGUUGAUAGCUGUGUGAUGUGACGAAGGAUGUGUACAGUGCAUUGAAUCACAGCAAUUGGAUUUUUCUGCUGAAUUAUGAAUUUAUCAAUGUAAAGUAAUAAACAUUCAAAGAAAGAUUGUUAAAGUCAA